AUGUCAAGAUUUUUCAGGCAAGCAGGCGACUCUGACUCUGAUACUGACUCGUCCGAGGAUGAACUCAUGUCAAGCGGAGACGAGGCCCCACCCCCAAAGACAAGCACCGCAAAACCAGCCAUGUCCCGAUUUCUGCGAACCGCUGGCUCAGAUUCCAGCGAUACAUCAUCUUCUGAAGAGGAGGAAAGUGAUGAUGAUAGCGAUGCACCAAAAGUAACCAAAAAGUCACCUUUUUUGAAAAGCGACUCGGAAGACGAAGAGAGCGAUGGCGAUGACGAGAGUCGUGCAGGCGUGCGGAUUAUGAGUGCACAGGAAAAGAGGUUGGCAGAGAUGGAGGCAACUGGAAAGGCCAUGGACAAUGCUCUCAAAAUCAACGACUGGGUCGCAAUAUCGAAUGAAUUCGAUAAACUCGCUAGAAUGAUCCAACGUCAACAGAACAUGUCCGAGCCCGUACCUCCAUUUUACCUAAAGACCAUCAUGACAUUGGAGACCUCUGUUACAAACACCCUUGCGAAGGAGAAGGAGGCAAAGAAGAAAAUGAACGCGACCAAUGCUAAGGCUCUAACCGCCAUGAAGCAGAAGGUGCGCAAGACAGCCAAAGAAUAUGAACAAGAUAUUACGAAAUAUCAAGCUGAUCCUGAUGGAUUUGAGCGGGAAUAUGCUGCUGCAACUGCGAAGGAAAUUACUGCAGCACCAGGAGCAAAAGCAUCUACAACUGUGUCCGCUGACACUGGGGAUGAUGGUUUUCAGGCUGUUGGAAAACAUGGUAAGACGAUGCUGUUGACUACGGAAGGUAUCUUCAAAAGUCUGCAAGUUGUGCAAGAAGCUCGAGGGAAAAAGAACACCGACCGAGCCGAGCAAAUCCGGAUCCUAGAACAACUUCUCAAGGUUGCCGUCACCUCCUACCAGCGUAUAAGGGUCCUCCUGGCGCUCGUUUCUUCGCGAUUUGACUAUAAUUCCUCUACCGCCAACUACAUGCCCAUAGAUCUAUGGUUAUCUGCUCAACGAGAAGUCGAUCAACUUGUUGCAAUUGUCGCUUCAGAUUCCUCAUAUUCCAUACAAGAAAUCACUGAGGAUUAUGAUGAACUUGUAGAACGCUCCCCCGGCACGGAAAAGGACGGUAUUGUUCGUGUUAGGGGGAGUAUAAUAAGCUUUAUCGACCGACUAGACGACGAGUUCACUCGCAGCCUUCAAAAUAUUGAUCCUCACGGUACGGAAUAUGUGGAGAGACUGAAGGACGAAAAGGUUCUCUAUUGUACAAUUUGCCGAGCCCAAGCAUUCUACGAGGCGAAUAAACAAGAUGAACCCCUCGGUCGAGUAGUAAUGCGGCGACUUGAGCAUAUCUAUUCCAAACCUGAUCCUGUAGUUUUGGCAUUGGAAAACGCGGCGGACGCCUCUGAUAUCAAGCCAGCACUUACACUCGCUUCCAACGGCUCGACAUCGGAACUCAUUCACGGUCUCUGCGUUUACUUGUACAAGUCAGGGCACUCCCUUUUCCGUACUCGCGCCAUGCUCAGCCAUAUCUAUCACUACGCUUUCCAUAACGACUUCCACACCGCCCGCGACAUGCUUUUGAUGUCUCACCUCCAAGAGUCCAUCCAUUCCGCAGACGUUGCCACCCAGAUUCUGUACAACCGAACUGUUGUACAACUCGGCCUUUGCGCGUUUCGACUGGGUUUAAUUAAAGAAUCCCAGGCUAUGCUCCAGGAUAUCUUCACCACUCAGCGUGUGAAAGAACUGUUGGCUCAAGGUGUUCAUCAACAAAGGUUCCAGGCGCUAACACCUGAACAGGAAAAGGCGGAGAAACAGCGUCAACUUCCGUUCCACAUGCACAUCAACACGGAGUUGUUAGAGGCCGCAUUUUUGGUGUCUAGCAUGCUCGUGGAGAUCCCUUUACUCGCCAGCAUCGAUUCGGAGGAGCUGAAGAGAAAGGCGAUAUCGAAACCUUUCCGACGAUUACUGGACUUUGCUGAUCGACAGAUAUUCACUGGCCCGCCGGAGAGCACGAGAGAUCAUAUUAUGCAAGCUAGCAAAGCGUUACAGGACGGUGAAUGGGAAAAAUGUCGCGAUCUCGUCCAGAGCAUCAAGAUAUGGAGUCUGAUGCCCGAAGCUGCCAGCGUGAAAGAGAUGUUAGCCAGGCGGAUACAAGAGCAAGGCCUGCGUACCUAUUUAUUCACCUACGCAUCUCAUUACAUCACCCUUUCUCUUUCAUUACUUUCGCGAACGUUCGACCUCCCUCUCCGCACAGUAACAUCCAUUGUCUCCAAAAUGGUUUGGAACGAGGAACUUUCCGCUUCGCUGGAUCAAUCGGGUGGUGUAAUCGUGUUCCGUCGCAUCGAAGUCUCGCGGCAACAACAGAUUGCGCUCAUGAUUGCCGAAAAGAUCAACACUAUAGCUGACCAAAACGAGAAGAACAUGGAACAUAAAAUGGGUGGUGCUGCCAAUUGGGGUGACCGUAACGAUGGUAAGCAAGGAGAGAAGAGAGGGGAGCAGAUGCAGGAGAGAAGAGGAAAGCGAGAAGGUACUAGAGGAGCUCGAGGUGGUGCUCGUGGACGUGGUGGACGAUUUGCCUAUGGACUUGGGAACCAAAUGGCGCGGAGAACGUAA